GCCUAAUGGGCAUGCGUUCGUUGUUGAAGUCUGACGUUCAAUCAUUAGAGAACAAGGAGAGAAUAUGUGUCAUGUAGCAGUAUGUGCAUUCGCUAAUAUACUAGUAAUAUACUGUAGUGAAUUUAGAUGAGGUGGGGCUUUAAUUGUAGCUAAUAGGUAAAUAAAAACGUAAGGCCUGUAAUGCUCUUUUCAGACAUAACUGUUCGAUAGUUUUAAACUUAUGUUAAUUUGGUUUAGCAUUCGGAUAAGUUUGCCCCAGUAUUUUCGUAGAAUGCCCACUGAAAUCAGUUAUUCUAACUAACUAAGCACAUUGUAAAGGAACCUUUUACUGUAUGCUGUAGACCUAUAACGUUUUAAAACAUUAUAGACAAUAUAGAUAAAAUGUUGUUUAGCUUAUUCAAGUAUCUAGCAUUUUACAUUCACAUAGCAGUUGCUAUAGUGGAAAGAGCAGAUAUAGACAUUAAUCGAAGAAUGAUAGGGGAACCUACAAAUUCUUACCGAGUGCCAACUGUUCGUAUUGAACCAAACUCAGAUGUUGUUUAUAAUUUCAAAGAAUAUGAUGAUGUUGUUGUAAUUUGCGUUGCUACUGGCCACCCAAUGCCAAGCAUAAGAUGGACGAUAUUUGGUGGGGAAUUAGAACGACGAAACCUCAAUCUCCGCAGCUCUACUUUGCGCAUUCCAAACAUAACACGUGAUGAGAAUUGUAGAGUAUCCUGUCGUGCAUCGAAUGGCAUUGGAAACCCUGCCAUUACUAGUAAAAGAAUAAACGUUCUAUAUUUAGAUCGGCCAGUGCUUACCGCGCACCUAACCAACAAAUGGAGAAUGCCAAGUACAAGUAUUUGGUUUGAAAACACAGUAUACCUACACUGUACAGUUACAAGCAAUCCAGCAGCAGUCUUCACUUGGUUGCUAAACGGGACUGUUAUUCGACCAAAUGAACAAAAUGGUUUAUUGGUGCAGCGAAUAGACGCAUACAGCAAAGAUACUUCAACUGUUAUCCUCAAGAUAAAAGAUGCGCAAGAAAAAGACUUUGGUGACUACCGGUGUCAAACAUCAGUAGUCGGCUUUACAAGCAAAUAUCUCAUUUCCGAUACCGUUGCAAACUUCACAUAUUCUCCGUUAAUUGCUCCACCAAGAAUAGGUCGUAUAACCCCAAAGUUAAUCAAAGUUAAUCCUGGUGGAAAGGUGCGAAUACAGUGUGACAUCAUCAGUGGAUUUCCCGAACCCAAAAUCGACUGGGUCACUGAAACCGGAGUGUUUUCAGAAAGAAUUGUUAUUUCUAAAAUGAGGAAUAUUUUAACAAUUGACGGUGCGAUGCCACAAGACAGCGGGAACUAUUAUUGCACCGCAAAUAAUCAAGUGGGAACCAAGGUUGAAAAACGAACUACUGUGGUUGUGAGGGAUAUUGGUCCAAUGACUUACUGGUUGACACCGGAUCCGUUACGUGACGACCGAAGCUUCGCUGUAGCGACCGACAUCAAACUGACGUGUCAUGUAGACGCUGCUCCUUAUUCUGAGCUUCAGUACGCUUGGUUUAAAAAGAAUAGUGGCGGCGAAAGGGUGCGAAUCACCGAGAGAAACUCAAGGGACAAUAUUUUUAUAAGAUUCCUGAACUCCGAAGAGAAAAAAAGAGGAAUCACUUUUCCUGCUAAAUCCAGCCAGCUUCAAAUUCGGAGGUUGACUGAAGAUGAUUAUGGAACUUACGUGUGUUCUGGUAAACUACCAACUCUUGGUCCCAAUGGAGCCGAAUCUUUCGCAGUUAUUACUGUUAGUAGGGAAUCAGCCCCAGCCAAAAUAGAGGCAAUCGAAUCACGCGUGGUUGUAACAGAAGGUGAUCCGGCUUCACUUAAAUGCCGAACAAUUGGAAAACCAAAACCGUUGGUGAUUUGGUUUCGGAACGAAAACACGACCAUGCCGAGUGGUAAUAUGCAAGAAGUAACAUCGGGUGGCGUUCUUGUAAUCAAUAGAACGAGCAGGGAAGACGCUGACUUGUACACAUGCGCACCAGCUUUGUAUAAUGGUUUCAGCAAACACUCGAGGUCACAAUCAGAUGCAGUGGUUGAACUGCAAGUUCAAUAUAAACCUACUGUUGAGCCAAGCUACAGGGAAAUUCGCCGCCCUCUCGGUUCUGAUGUAACCUUGUCAUGUUUCGUGAGCGAUGCUAGUCCAAUGAUACCCAUUACUUAUGUUUGGAAGAAAGAAAACGUAGUUCAGACAAGCUCGUCUUCUGGUCAACAUCUUGUACUACAAUCUAUCCAAGUUCGAGAUUGCGGGGUUUACAUUUGCGAAGUUACCAACGCUAUCGGCAAGGCUCGAUGUGCGCUAAAUGUUACAGCAUUUGCGUUUAAACCUGAGUUUUUAUUCACUGAUGUUGGUGAAGGUGAAGGGGAUCUUACUAGCACUGUAUUUCCCCAAACUAAAUCUGAUCCUGGAACUUUCAUGUAUUUACUAUCGUGGACACAAAAACAUCCCAACGCAGUAGAUGCAGUAACAGAAUACAGAAUUAGAUGGCGUCUCACUGAAAAAUCUUUUGCCAAGAACAGAGGAAUGUCUUCUAAUUUAAGCGUUAUUCCCAAUGCAUGGAUUGAAGAUACAAUGCCAGCGAACGGUAUACUUUCGUAUGGUCAACUGCUUACAUAUCAAAUAAGCGAUUUGGUAAAAGGUGUUUACCAAGUAGAGGUAACCCCCAAGACCAUAUUUGGAUAUGGUGAUUCGAACACAAGGGAGAUAUAUGUGCGAGAACGCAGAUCCCAACGUGAAACAAGUCCGACAUUAUCUCUGGACCCUUCGUUCUUUUGUCAAUUUAAUGAAAAUGAUUUAUGCGGGUUCAUACAAGAGAAAAAUCCUAAUAUGGACACAAUAGAUUGGACAAAAAAUUCGGCAAGAACUCAAUUAAGAAGAACCAAGAACACGGGUCCUUCCGCUGACCACUCUACUUUAACUAAAGAAGCAGGUGGGUACAUGUACAUCGAAGCUUCUCUGACAACAAAAGGGGACCGGGCUCGCCUCAUCAGUCCAAUUAUAUUUGAUAAAUCUUCCUCGCGACAGUGCCUUAAAUUUUGGUACCACAUGAGAGGACGACAUAUAGGUAUCCUGAGGGUGAUGACGAAGAAACGUGGUGAAAACGAAACUGAGAUUUGGAGAGUAAGUGGUGAUCAAGGGGACAAAUGGAACACCGGAGAUAUUACAAUUCAACAUACUGUCCCGUACCAGAUAAUAUUUGAAGCUGUCAUAACUUAUGUUGAUGGUUAUCAAGGAGAUAUAGCAAUUGACGAUGUUUUGCUUGCGGAUGGAAAGUGCAUUGUAUUACCAACUACUACACCAUAUUAUGUAUCAACAACAUCGGGAAGCAUCGGUUCAUCAUCAUUCAACUAUUUGUUCGUUUAUUUAAAGUACACAGCAACAAUUCUGAUAGUAUUUCAUUUAUUCUCUUUGUGAAUAUCACUUUCGUUCAGAUUGUCGCUAGGUGGCGACAAAGAAAGCAAGUGAUCAACGAAUGUGAGAUGUGAUAAAAUAACAAUAUAUCACGCUCUACCAUGCGCUUAGUUUGUUUCAAAUUGUGAAUUAAAGUCUAUUUAAAACAGGUUCCAAUAUAAGGUUAACCAAUAAGCUUCCAAGAUUUUAUUUUCGUUCCCAAUUAUUUUUUAACUUUUCCUCCACGUCCAAUCCUUUAUUCGUGUACGAGCUUAACAAAUGUUGAUAUUUUAUUCAUUUUGAAAAGCACGCAUACUGAUUAAUAUUGAAAAUAUAACGAUUAAACUUUCCGUAAACUUCGCUUUGAAAAAGAAAUGGGUGACGGCCACCAUGUUUCGUAGAUGGAUCUCUUUUCGCUAUUGUCAUUCAACCACCCGGGGUUUGGGAAGUCAAGCGCAUUUCCUCGCCGUCUUACUUUUCAUGGCGCGUGCAGUUUCCUUUAUACAAAGCAAUAGUUCGCCCCUCUUAUCGAGGCGUGACGGGAGGUUAGAGGGUCUCGUGCCGGGUUGGCCAUUAAGCGCGUCCGACAUGGGAAGUGGCUGUGAACGAGCUUUGGGGGGACAGUAAUCUCAACACAGAUAGCCCAUUAUCGAAUCUAGUAUCAGCCUAGAAUUAACCAACUCGAAUGAAAAUGAGAAUUGGUUUUAACAAUGGUAACAUAACAGGCUAAACCUCCUGAAUGAAAAUCGAUUUAUUUUAUAGUGAAGUAAGAACAUUUAUACAACCAAAACUACGAACUCAAUUAAAGUAUAUGACACAAGCGUAAAACGAAUUGGAAACAUUAAUAACUGACGGUCCCAUAAUAAAUGUGCUUGUAUAUAAAGAUUUUAAUUUGGAAUUGAUCAGUUUGCGUGGCGAUGCUUAUAUUUGCUGUUGUAUUUGCCACCCAUGUUUUUACCAGGCACUCACGUCAUUUGUUACCACGGUGUUGUUUAUUCUUCUUCCAGCAGUGCACGCGCGAGGUGGCAUCGGAUUUCGCGCGUGUUGUCCCGUGUGUGCGGUGCGUCUGCUCGUGCCGUGACGUAGUGUGGGAAAGUGUCCGGAUUUUUCACGCUUGGCAACCCUUCAUUCAACGGCGUCUUUCAGUGGCGCACGCGUGCCGAAACGACCGAUCCUCUUACAUCAGACGGAAAAGCUUUGUUGUCUGGCUUCGCUGGCUGAGUUAGGGGGCCUGGUCGAUAAUGCAUCAACUACAUACAUUCGCUAAUAUGUCAAAUAUAUAUAAGAUUUAAAAUACAAUGUUCAAUUUAUAAGAUUUUCUUCACCAGGAACAUAGUUUAUUAUACCUUGGAAUGAGUUUAUCCUAAUAUAUAUGUGUGUUUCACACCAUAUAUAGUGUUGCGAGAAAUACCAUGAAUGGGUAAAGAAAGCAUUCCAUCUGACAACCACAGCGGGCAUUUUAAACGGCCUCUACUAACUUUGGGUUAUACAAAAAACUAUACAAUGUCAUGUCGGAAAAAAAUAUUACUGUUUACUGAAGUUGUUACAUUAUUCAGAUUAUCGCCAUAAACAAGAGUCAACUUUAUCCGACUUUAUCGUCGUUGUUUGGUGGCUUUCGCACAUACAAAAGUGUCAACUUUUAACCAUAAAGUUGAGCGCGACUAUAAACAUUACGGGUGAGUUGUAUAGUGCUCUACUUACCGCAAUAUAAUGCAAUUUGUUACGGCUAUAAACCACGUGAGUGUGGAAAACUUGCAUAAUGUCGCAAUAUUUCUGUAUAGGUUCUAAUUCUUCGUAUUACGUAGGCGUGACGAGAAGCAUUUGUUCGGCAUUUGUGAUGUCACUCGCAACCACGAUUAUUUGUUACAGUGAAUGCGAAGCUAAUUUCCUAUUACUAAAUGUAGGUUGCGCAUGGAUCGCUAUUUUGUGAGAUGAUUGAUCACUUUGAAAGGGAGAGAUUAGAAAGUUUCCGAUCACUCCACUGUCAACAUGCGAUCUAUUGAUCACUGCUGUGAGGGGAAAGCGGUCGGGUGGAAAGAAGGGGACGCUUUCGCGGAAGGCCGUGGGAACACAGGAAAUUGUAAUUAGCAGAAACAGAGCUGCAGAUGACAAGUCUCUGCGGGCGACAAACAUAAUCUUUGAAACAAAUCUCUUCUCAUUGAAAAUAUCCGGCACCGACGUUUGCGCUUUCGCCAAUAUAUCCUCUGUGUAAUCGACGAAGCUUUCUGAUAAAAAUUGCAAUAACCAUGAUUUGAUAGAAUAACAAAUUCUAUGAAAUAAAAUGUAUAUUUUUGUGUAUUUACA